CCAUCGCUGACGCGUGAGCGCAAUUGCAACUGCAUGCGAGCGUACUCGCUCGCUGCACUGCUGCCAACAUGCUCUCCUACAUGCUGCCAGUCGAGGAAAAAUCGCCAUCCGCAGCGGCUGCAACGCGUAAUCUAAGCCUUAACCUGACCACAACAACCGCCACAACAACCACAGUCGUUGGUGGAGCCGGCAGUGGUGUAGGAGGUGUGUCCGGAUCUGGUGGUGCUACGAUCGCGCGCGAGUGUAACACUGGUUCGUCUAUUGUUGGUGCCAGCACAUCGUCCAGUACCGCACAGGUGCGCUCCAUCAUCAAACCCACAAUCAAACACGGUCCCGCGAAUCAUCGCUAUCAGCUGAUCGGAUCUGGUGCUGCUGACGUAAAGCUGCACGGUGCAGUGUUGGCCGGGGAGGUCCGUCGCCCAGCCCGUGCCGCCGGACACUGGCAGGACGAGCAAGAGAUUGAGGCGGAACUGUGCGACGAAAGUACGAACCUGCUGGCCGGUGCUGGUGCUGGCGAGGACGAGGACGAGGACGUGGACGAGCGGGAGGUCGGCAUUGACGAUCGGCCACGGCGCGCCGGUGCGGUGAAGAGUGACAAAAACUUUAACAAUCUCAUUGUGGUGACGAACGGACGACACGCGAAGCCUACCAACGGGAAUCAUGCUGCACCAACGCCCAAGCUGGCUAGUGCACUAAAACCGACGAACGGUGUGACGAGCGGUGCGGGUGAUCCUGCUGGUCGUCCAGGCAGCAGCACCAGUAGCAAUAGUGGCGGUGGUGUUAGCACCAGCACUAGCGGUGGUACCUACUACAAUGGCUACAUAGCCGUCAGUGGCGACAAUGACGAUGAGCACCACCGGAUGCUGGUCAGUGCAAACAAUCUGCGGAAUACGAGUGCGGUUGAUACGCGCCAGGAGUGGACCACUGCCGGGCAAAACGAUACCGGUGACCAUCGGCUUGUCACGAGCACCGACCCACCGAGGUCAUCUUCCUCCACCUUCACGAAUAGUUCACGGAACGCCACCAACUCCACCACCACCACCACCACCAACGGCAACUGUCGCACGAUGAACAGUCUGAACGGGAACCUGAUGGGGACGGAACCACCGGUCGUUGCGCCAUUGCCGCUGGAAACGACCGAGCUGGGCGGUGGUACGGCGGACGUUUCGCUCGGCAGUGACUCGGACUCGGCAACCGGUGCCGGUGGUUCCGGGUCGGCCACAACCGGUGGCGGCAAAAAGGUGAAGCUGAACAAGCUCGGCGGCAACAAGAACGUCACACUCAAAAGAGUAUCGUUCGGCUCGUCCAAGGGUUCGAUGGUGGAGACGCUCGUGUUCGAGACGCCGACACCGCUGCCCGAGCACGCCGAGCGGGAGUUCUUUCAAUCGCCGGCAGUGCUGGCCGGUGCCGGGCACACGACCGUGUACAGUGGCAGUAGCGGCCCGCCCGGCAAUCUGGUGCAUCAUCACUAUCCGAGCACGGGACUGUCCGGGCUGCAUCAUGUGCCGCAUCACCAUGCACCGGCGCACCAUCACCAUCAUCACCAUCUACAGUACCAUCCGCAGUAUUCCGGUGGCUACCAUCCGUUGGACGGUGGUACGGGCACGGCAGGACCGCACGAUGACAGCGGUAUCGAGCUGCAGGAAGAAGUAGAGCGCUCGAAGGUUCGUGUAUCGUUCUUCCAGAGCAGCAAACCGCAAUCAAUCAGUCCGCCGGAGUCGCUACACCUGUACGGUGGGCAAAGUUUGAUUCAUUUCGGCGGCGGCGGUGGUAGUGGCAGCGGCUAUGAUAACAACAACUCACCGCUAGACACCUACAUCACCUCGGCAGCACUCAACCAGCAGUACGACUCGCUGACCAACCAUCAACAGCAGCACGCACACUUUCAUCCGGACCACCGGGAUCCCAACAUGGCGGCCGUCUACGGAGGUACCAAUGUGCCGCCGACGGUGUUUAACCGACAGAUGAGUACCGAGUCCGGCUGGGACAAUCCAUUCAGACCGGGUGGAGACCUAUCGAGGGAAGCAGAUGAAAUAGUCAAUCUGAUCAAAGGUGGCAAACCGAUCACACCUACCGGCGACCAAAGUUUAGUGAACGGAAGUACUCCUAAGGAUAGUCACAGCACCGACGACCCAGACACGACGGUUGUGGACGGUGCGGUAACAAAGCAUGAGGCCUCGCAACUGCAAGCGGCACAGCAGAAUGGCACCAAAUCGCCCCACAAAUCGCCUGGUCCGGCGACCGGUGGCGCAACCGGUUCACCGGCGCUGGCAGCGAAAAAUGGCACCACCACGACGGUGGCCGACGGCAGUACGGUGAACAGCAGCACGACACCGAUCAGCAAUCAGGUGAUACCGGGCCCACAGUCCGCUUCGCACGUCGUCAUCGACGAGAAGAAAAAGAAAAAGUGCACCUGUUGCGUUAUACAGUAAA